CGAAUCCGAGCCGAGGUAUGACGAUUACCACCGAACUAGUUAACAUGUCACCUGGGCACUGAACUGAACGGAACUGGAAAAUGAGCGAUAUUUCUCCCGUGAACGAUAAAGGUCUGUCGGACGAGCAAGUAGCAGAGGCAUGUAAAGAUGGAGACCCAAUUACUAAGGACUUCAUGAUGCAGCAGACAAUGCUACGGGUGAAAGAUCCCGUGAAAUCCUUAGAUUUCUAUACCAGGAUUCUCGGCAUGACUCUGCUGCAGAGGUUCGACUUCCCUUCCAUGCGUUUCUCCCUCUUCUUCCUUGGAUACGAGGACAAGAACGAGAUCCCCACCGACUUGAGGGAGAGGACGUGCUGGACUUUCUCCCGGAGGGCCACCAUCGAGUUAACUCAUAACUGGGGUUCGGAGUCUGAUGACAGCCCGCCGUAUCAUAACGGAAAUUCCGAUCCACGUGGCUUUGGCCACAUUGGAAUCUCAGUGCCAGAUGUUAACAAGGCUUGCAAGCUGUUCGAAGACGAAAACGUCACUUUUGUGAAGAAGGCUGACGACGGUAAAAUGAAAGGACUGGCCUUUAUCCAGGAUCCUGACGGCUACUGGAUUGAGAUCUUGAGUCCCAACAAUAUGAUUUCCAUCACAUCUUAAAAUAGGGAUGAGGGCGGAGCAUUGUUUUUAUGGGAGGAGCUUGGUUGUGGUGGAGGAAAAUGAUCAAAACGUCAAGUUAGCGGCAUUCAAUCUUCUCCAACAUGGGACAUUUAGAUUAAUAAAUGCAUCAACCUGUUUGUUCUGAAAUAACUUUCAUUUGUGUACGUGAUGAUGCGCUGCUGUAGGUAAUAAAUACAAUUUUCAAAAUACUCAUUUACAAAAGCAUUGUUCAAUUGUGUCCGUCUGCAGCUUGCAAGACAUCUAAAACGCCAACGAUAACACUCCUAAAACACGUCGCAAUACCACGCCAAAGAAAAGAUUGUUAUAUGAACGCAUUUCUAAAUAUCUCCCAGAUUUGCACUUUCCCAAAAACUAAAGUGUUGUGCUUGAAAAUCAUUGCCAAA